GCAAAACAAGGCACAAUUCGCCCAAAUCAGAGGGGAGUUUCGUUGUUUGUCAUUUCUAAAUCAAUUUACCAAACAACCUCUGUUUCCAACGCCCUCAUACUCAAGCACACAGGUUUCAUUCACGGAUAAGCGCACAUACACAGUCAUGGACUCCCGCUCAAUUCUCUUCGCCCUUGUGACAGUCUUCUGCUUCCACGCUAUCGAGGCAACCCAGACGUGCCGCCCAAUGAAGGAUACCAUCUUCGAGGGCUGUAUGUCCUCGGGGUACAACACAACCUUCCCUAUCCCCCCAAACAUCGACCUCUCAGGACGCGCCAAGUCGUUUGUCAAAUACUACAUCAAUUAUUUUAUGCGACGCAUGGAGAAUUGCUCCGUUGCUGCCAUGGGCGAGUCUGUGCUCUGCUCAAUGUUCGCACCUUAUUGCCGUCCUCAGGACUCUGAGCCAUUUCUUCCCUGUAGACGGGUAUGCUCUGAGUUUCUCAAGAGAUGCGUGGGAGAUAUAGAUUUGUCUUAUUUAGAGUAUUACGUCAGCUCUUGUACGCUACUCCCUAAUGCGACUGCGGACUCGGGAAAGUGCUUUGAACCGCAAGGAUUUCACUAUCACUACAACGCCAGCACAAAAGGCUUACUGGAAAAUGAGUGCAGUCCCUUGAUCUUCCCAAUGUGUAAAUCUAUUGGUUACAGUCACACCAGCAUAAGCUUGUCAACCCAACUCAAAGUCUACAAUAUAUUCUACCAAAAAAAAUUCUCAAACACUUCAGAAGACGCUGUUGUAAAGCCAGGCUCCACCGUCGACAAUUGGCAAGGAUUUUUCAAGAAUUUUUCCCAGUGCUCUUUAAACUUGAAGAAGUUUUUCUGCGGUGAUCUCUUUCCGCCCUGCUUUCCCGAUGAGGGUCUCCAGCAUUAUACCUUAUGCCAGUCGUUCUGUUAUGAUAUAAGUGUCAAAUGUCCUGCAUUGUUGAAUACGGUGUAUGGCCCGUGGUUGUCUGGAUGCGAGCUGUUAGCAUCAGGUAACACCUCGCACGGGUACUGUAGAACAUCGUCUUGGCCACCACCCAUGGCAUGGCUUAAGUGGUUUCAAGAUUACCAAACGCCAUCACCGCCUCCUUCCCAAAACAAGCCCGCAGUCCAAGGGCUUGUAGUAGCGGUAGCAGUGAUCGUACCCAUAAUCCUCAUCGUGCUUAUCAUCCUUGGUGUACUGGCGUGGCGGCAUCACAGGCUACCCAAAAUUUGUUUGAGAGGAGAAGACAAGGAAGAUCUCGUAAAGCUUACAAAAUGAACAUGUUUACAUUAAUAUAAAUUACUAUUGUCGGGGAAUAUUCUUAGGGUAUUUGUAAUAAUUAGAGUUCUUGAUUGAGGGAAAUUAUAACUAGGAAGGAGUAAUUCGAAUCAUGUUGCAAAUAGCUUUCGUGAUCUAAUAUUGUAAGCGCGUGAUGGUUGUAAUUGGAUAAGACUGGGAUGGUCAAUGAAGUAAUAGCAUAAGUCCAGGAUAAUAAUAGUACUUUUCUAGAAUAGCGUAGGUUAGGCUUUAAUUUUUUGUACGUAGGGGAAAUAAUCUGUAAAUCUGGAAUGAAGUUCCUAUUAAAUUUAGUAUAUAUACAUGUGAUUUUAACUUAGUUCAGUACGCAUUUACGGAUAGACGGAAUCGGAUAGUGGUGAUUCUAUGAUCAUUAUACGUCGGCCAUAAUAAACACAGAAAACUCA